CCUCCCUCCGUGCAAGGCUCAGCUCUGCCAUUAGUCCAGUCGAUACUGCCUCCUCUAGCCUGCUUCAACACAGAAAAGGAACGCAAGGUUCUCUCAGGAGCGCUGGAGAGUAGGAGUGACCUCCUCUAUAGGCUUUGUGCAACAGUGUCUCAAACCACAGCAGUCACAUGGGUUCUGUUGGCUUCGCUACUUUUUCGACUGCGUGUCAGAGGGCUGUGCAUUUCGCUUCCUCCCUCCUGCAAGGCCAGGGAACCAUGUGUUGGCGGGAUUAAUCUUUGCCCACAAUGUCUCUGCAAAGGCUUCUGCAGCGGCAGGGCAGCAAUGGCAAUUUGGAGUACUGUGCUGACUCUGCCUACGGCUCCUACUCCGUCCUCACCGGCCAGCUCACGAUGGAAGACAACCGAAGGAUUCAAGUGCUGGCAGACACUGUAGCUACUUUGCCCCGGGGACGAAAGCAGCUCGCGUUGGCCAGAUCAAGCUCUUUAGGUGAUUUUUCCUGGUCUCAAAGGAAGGUUGUUACUGUGGAAAAGCAGGACAAUGGAACAUUUGGAUUUGAAAUUCAGACCUACAGAGUCCAGAACCAGAACAUCUGUUCCGCAGAAGUGUGCACUAUGAUCUGCAAAGUGCAGGAAGACAGCCCCGCUCACUGUGCUGGCCUGCAAGUUGGUGACAUCUUUGCAAAUGUCAAUGGUGUGAGCACAGAAGGCUUUACUCACAAACAAGUGGUUGACCUGAUCCGAUCAUCAGGAAAUCUGCUAACGAUAGAGACUCUUAAUGGAACAAUGAUUCACAGGAGAGCAGAACUUGAAGCAAAACUGCAGACUUUAAAGCAAACCUUGAAGAAAAAAUGGGUGGAACUCAGGUCUCUGCACUUACAGGAACAGCGCCUGUUGCAUGGAGACACAGCAAACUCCCCAAAUUUGGAAAACAUGGACCUCGAUGAGUCGACCUUGUUUGGAAAUCUGCUGGGGCCGAGUCCAGCCCUCCUGGACCGGCACCGACUAUCCAGUGAGAGCAGUUGUAAGAGCUGGCUGAGCUCCCUCACAGUGGACAGUGAGGAUGGCUACCGGAGCAGUAUGUCUGAGGACUCCAUCCGGGGUACCUUCAGCCGACAGACCAGCACCGACGAUGAGUGCUUUCACUCUAAGGAUGGAGACGAGAUUCUGAGGAAUGCUUCUUCCAGGAGAAACCGGAGCAUCAGUGUCACUAGUAGUGGGUCCUUUUCUCCCUUGUGGGAGAGCAAUUACUCAAGUGUGUUUGGGACCCUGCCCCGGAAAAGCAGACGGGGAAGUGUCCGGAAACAAAUUUUGAAAUUCAUCCCUGGCCUUCAUCGCGCAGUGGAAGAGGAGGAGAGUCGCUUUUGAUGGGCUGCUGCAGACCUUUUGAAUUGGCUUGUUUCACAAUCCUCUCUCUACCCGCCAAGAUGAACUCCUGGCUUAGUGGGAAAGUACAGAUAGACUGUGAAGUUCACAUCCCAUUUCACAGUAGCAGUGACCUUUAAGUUCUUAUAUUGUUAUUUUGGGGUCUUAUAUCAGAGGGUUGUUUUUGUUUGUUUGUUUGUUUGUUUUUCAAUCAGUAGUGUUCAACUUCUAAGCAGACAUCAGGAGAGGGAAGUAAUAGGUUAAAUAAUAUAAGAAUAUGUCUGCUCAUUCUAAUGCUGGCCAGGAAAGUACAAAAAUGUUUAUUAUACUGACCAUGCAUGUAAAAGGUGGAGAAUUCUUAGAUCAAGUAUGAAUAUAGACUGAAAGAAUAUAAUUAUUGGGUUGCUUUUAAUAUGUUAAUUUGAUAGACUACAAAACCUCCUAUUUGCUUCAUUUACUCUGUAGCCUCUGGGGGGAGCUUGCCCAAGAGAGAAUUAAAAUUGUUUUCAAACCAUUAAAGGAUCAUAAAACAUAGGACCAUAAGUAUCUUCUCACUUCAGCAGUGACAGUGAGGCAGGAGAGAUGCCCAGUAUUGGUGCAGAGGAGAGCUCUUGGUGCUGGGAUCCUAUGCCACUCCCCACUCCAUCUCUAAACAAAGUGAGUGAGACUCUCAUUAUUUUCGCCCAUCUCAAUUUUUAUUUUCUGCCUGAACAUUCAUGCCAAGGCCAGAAAUCUCAGGAUCAAAUCUAUAGAUCUGUGAUUGUAUUUUGCUGCAAAUGUCUAAAAUUCUAAAAAUGAGAAUGGGGAAGGAACAUUUCUUCUGUAUGUUUAUCUCCUGCUACACGUCAUUAAACAUUCCACAUAGGUAUCACCUCAGCUCCCAGUUCCUUGUUAGCCGUGCUUGUAUUGUACUCUCACCUGUCAAUCAUGCUCUAUGUUAUUUCAACAUCCAUUAAACUCUUUGUUCUGGUGA